GGCAUGGUUGUCUAGAAUUCCAAAGGGAGUACUUGGUGAGAUUAUCUAAGAGGAAGAGAAGGAUGUGUAUGGUGGAGCAUGUGGUGCUGUUCAAGGUCAAAGACGGCGUGGCGCCGUCGGAGACAGAUACCAUGCUGAAGAGAAUCCGUUCACUAGCCUCCCUGGAACACCUUCUGCAACCCACAGUGGGACCGUUGUUGCGCAUCCGAACCACCACCUCCUUCGAUUUCACCCUCUUUUACCACGCGCGUUUCAAGUCCAAGCACGAUCUUCAUGCCUACGCGACGCACCCCACCCACUUGGCGGUGAUCGAGGCCAACUCGCCCUUGGUGGAGAACACCAUGGCCCUCGAUUGGGUUCCGGAGGUUCCCGGAGGCGCUGUUCUGCCGGCGGGCUCCGCCUUGCGAGUGACGUUCUUGAAGUUGAAACAGGAUGGUGGAGAUGGCGUUAAAGAGGAGAUCCUGGGGGCUAUAAGGGAAAUUCAGCGCGAAUUGAAAGAGGCCAUUGAGGUGAGUUGCGGGGAGAAUUUUUCUGCAGGCAGAGCCAAUGGAUUCUCCAUAGCUUCCCUUGAAGUUUUUCCUGGAUUAAGCGAACUAGAGGAAGCAGAUUCCAAUGAAGAAAUAGGGUUGUAUGAGAAGAAUGAUAAGAUCGCGAAACAUCUUGAGAGGGUGAUGGUGCUUUAUUAUGUGGUGCCAUAGUGAGAACUGAGUCACCACCAUCUUUAUUAGUUUGUUUAUGUGAUCUUUUAUGGUGGCGUCCUGCAGUGUGCUAUAUCUAUAACAAUAAUAAUGGACUGCAAAACUUGGUAUA